AUGAGCCUGAGGGUUGAGGAGAUCGAGGAGUGGAGGCAGGAUUGCUUGGCGGCCUUAAGGAGGGCCGCCGGCCGGGCUGAGGAGCUGGCUGAGGUGCUGCCGAAUGUCACCAACCUGUACAGGGCCAGGGCUGUCCUCGCAUCCGAGCAGUUUCGGGCCCGGGCCAGGCUGUCCAACAAAAGUCUGCUGUCCACCCUGGAGCAGAAGACGCUUGAGCAGUCUGAGAAGCAGCAGGACUUGACCAAUGCUAUUAGUGAGAUUCGAAUUCUGGAGCUUGAGCAGGACCGCCUUGAGAAAGACUCCAGUGAAGCCGUGGAAUCCCUGCUGCGCCAGAAGAGGAAGCUGGAACAGCUGGACCGUGAGGGCAGAGAGCUCGAGCGAGAUCUCGGAGAAGUGAAUCGUUUAAGAGAAGAGCGGCGGGAAAAAGAUGAAAAAGUCAAGGCUGAGCUCAGCACAAAGGAAAACGAGCUCGAGGAGAUGAAGAAGAGGGUGGAGGAACUGACCGGACUCAAGAGAAAGCUUAACAACGAGCUGCAGGAACUGAAAGGUAACAUCCGGGUGUACUGCAGAGUGCGCCCCUUCCUGAGCAGCGACCCGCCCGACAUGUGCGACGGGACGAUGAUUUCAGUCGAAGAAAACACUUUGACGCUGGUGGUACCCUAGAGCGAGCUCAAGACGGAAAGCCAUUGCAAGGAAUACAGGUUCUCCUUCGAGCAUAUCUUCGACCCCUCGGCCUGCCAAGCGGACGUCUUCAACGAGCUGGCGGAGCUGGUGCAGAGUGCCCUCGACGGCAAGAAUGUCUGCAUCUUCGCGUAUGGGCAGACCGGCUCGGGCAAGACCUUCACCAUGCAGGGCGGGGAGGGCGAGGCGCAGGGGAUCAUCCCCCGCACCGCCCUGUUCAUCUUCAAUGAGAUCAGCAAGGCUGAAGUGUACAGCUGCUCCUUCCAGCUGUUCGCGUCGGUGCAAGAGGUCUACCUCGAGACGAUCCGGGACCUGCUGGAGCCGGGCAACAAAAGCUAGACACCCACUGAGACCGAGGUCAAGACUCUCGCCGAAGUCUAUCGGGUGCUUGAGAUGGCCCAGAAAAACAGAAGGAUCGCAGAGACCAACUGCAACGAGCACAGCUCCCGGUCGCACUGCAUCUUCAUGCUGAAGAUCGUCGGGUAGAGGAGAGGCGAGAAGCGAGUGGGCGUGCUCAACCUGAUCGACCUGGCUGGCUCAGAAAGGGUGCAUCAGAGUCGAGUGGAAGGCGACCGCAUGAAGGAGACCAUGGCCAUCAACAAGAGCCUGACCAACCUCAGCCAGGUGAUCUGCGCACUGGCGAAGAAAGACCACCACGUGCCGUACCGGAACUCAAAGCUGACGUACCUGCUGCAGCCAUACCUGCAGGGCGACGCGAAGACGCUGAUGCUAGUGAACAUCAGCCCGCUGGGGUGCAACUACCACCCGUCGGUGUGCUCGCUGCGGUUCGCGCAGGACGUGAAGCGGGUGCGGAACAACGUCAGCCCCCUGAAGCAGCGUUGA